AUGUGCAUCGUCACCUACUUCAAGCAUCUCCCGUGCAGCCACAUUUGGGCCGUCGUCACCGAGCCCUGCCUGCCCUACAUGGGUUUCACCAACUGCCCCAGCUUCGUCGGCGCCAGCGUCGUCGUGAACCCCGUCACGGGCAGGCACGUCGGAAACAUUCGCGGCGGCCGACUCAAGGCCAAGCCCAAGUUCUACAAGACCAAGACGAGGCCCUGCCCCCAGUGCGACUUGCACGGCGCCUACAACCCCAACGUCGCACAUCUCGUGCAUGACAUGGGAUGGGGCCUCACCUGGGGCAAGGACGCGGCGGAUCCUGAGGGAUACUGGGGUGUUGAUUUCAGACUGGGAAGCGCAAAGAAGAGUUGUUGUGUCAUUCUAUAA